AUGGUCUCCCCGACCUCAGGCAACCUGUUGUCGUGCUUCUUGAACGUCGACGGGCCUAGCCCACCCUUCCCACCUCGUGCCACCACUAUGGAGCUCCGUUCCUCCUGGAACUGGUGCCUACAACCACCACGUGAACACGUGCAUCGCCAAGUGCUCCACUUACCAGAACACGCUCCGGUACCCAGUCAUGGUCUUGAUGCGCUUCCUGACUAUGACUCCAAGCGGCACAUUCACCGUGGUAUGCUUCGCGUGCUUUCCGCGGCUUGUUCCCUCCGCAUCCCCUCCGUUGUUCGCCUUGAUGGUCUCCUCGAUGUGCAGCAGGCUCUCCACCAGGUGCGUCGGCUUAAGAAUGACGUCGCCACCGUGGCCGCCGUACCCCGGCCCCGCCAGCCUUCUCGAGCGGUUGACGUUCGGAAGCGGACUGCCGCCGUGCCCGCCCUUGCACUUGACCCUGAGGUAGUCCACGAAGGGCGUCUGGUACCUGGCAACAACUUGGGUGUGCGGCCGGCAUGCGUUACCUGGGGAAAGUCUCCUCGUGCUUGGGCGCCAUCAACUCGCCAAAAGCCUUGA